AUGCAUGGCCGCCCUCGCGUUUAUGUGCGGUUCCGCCCUUCAGCAGAUGUAAAGCUUCCAGCCUUGAAAGGGCCUGGUAUUCCAGCAGCACAAGACGCUGGGCCAGAACCAGCCAAACCUGGCAUUGCACUGGAGCCUGAGCACACGAUCAAAUUCCCAUGGAAAUCCCAAAGGGAUAAGGAGGAGUGGAAAGAGGUCAAGGUUCAGGUUGAUCAUGCUUUUGCUGAGGAUGCCACACAAGAUGCUGUUUAUUCUAGGGUGGGGCCGGAGAUGUUGGACUUUGUCCUGCGAGGCUUUCGUGGGCUGAUCUGUACCUACGGCAUAACAGGAUCUGGGAAGACGCACACUAUGUUAGGGAGUGGGGCAGAACAUGGCUUGGCCCAGCGCACGAUUGAGGAGCUGUUCUUAAGGGGACUGCCGGACCUCACAGUGCGCAUGCAAGCCAUUCAGCUCCACCGGAGCGACUUCACAGAUCUGGGAGUUCCUGAUGCCCCUUCCAUCAAAGUUCAGAGCGGUAACUACUCGGAUGUAACAGGGGCCCAGGAGCACGAGUUCAAAAGUGCGGAGCCUGCCCUCCAGUGGCUAUCAGAGGUCCUCCUGCGACGCAAGGGCUCGAAGACGGGGAGCAACGCCAAAUCCUCACGGAGCCACUUCUUGCUGCGCCUGAAGAUUCAGUUCACCUCGGGCGGCGCCAGCAAUAGCGCCGUGCUGGACUUGGCUGACCUUGCGGGCUGCGAGAAGUUGGACGAGAAACUAGAUACUGAGGCACGAAGAGACCACAUCACAAUUCAAGCCGGUUUGAGCAAUCUACGGCAUUGCAUCGAAGCUAAAGUGAAGAACAAGGCCGUGCCCUUCACAUACUUCAGCUUGCCCCGGCUGCUUGCACCAGACUUCAACGGGGAUGCUGGAAUUUCAUUUGUCAUUAACUGUCCGAGCAGGGACGAUGUCGACCGGAUUCCGGAAACCUCCGAGACGCUGGAUCUCGCGCGUUUCAUUCUCCGUCUUGAGCUUGCUUGCAAGGCCCAAAAGACCACGGUGCAG